AGUAAAAAAGUUGUUAAUAUCUUCUCCGACUAGCAGAUAAAGUGGUUCUAAUUCAUGUGCUGAAAAUUUUCGGUGAAUUACAUAUGGCAAGAAUAACAACAAAAUCAGUGUGCGAACAUUACAGAAGUGAAGUUGUCUACAUCACUUCCUAAAGGAAAACUCACUCUGCGUAGUACGACGCAUCAGUGGAGGAUUCAGAGAUAUCGCUUACGGCAUCAGAGAGCACCAGCACCUACAGGAACGGUGACCAGCAUGAAAAUCAUUGUCCCAUUUAGGGCGCUAGUGAUAGCCCAUUUAUUUUACUGCGUAGCGCCAGCUGGUGAGGCGGAUUACACCUUGGACGAUUCAUUUUGGAAUGAAGAGAGUCCUGUUGGUGAAGUCGAACGCCUUCUGAAGGAGUAUCGCCAAAAUCAGGAACUAGUACGCCGUAUCGGUGGUCAUUAUUACCAAAUCAUUUAUCCAGUGCAACUGCGGCACCACGAGAAGAUGGGCAUAUCAACGCGCGAAGUGAGCCCUCCAAAGCCGGGUCAACGUCCUCGUCCCCAUGAUGACGGCGGCUUUAGUAGAGGCAGAACAAAGAAACAUUUUCACCGCACCUCACUUCUUAUCAAGGCGUUUAAUCAUAAGUUUCGCUUAGAUCUGGAAUUAAACUCGCAACUUUUGUCACCAAACAUCCAACAGAAACAUUAUCAUGUAGGCGGAUAUCUUGUAGAUGGUAAUCGACAUGACAUCGAACAUUGCUAUUACCAUGGCACAGUGAAGGAUUAUCCUGGAGCAAGUGCGGCGUUCCAUACGUGCAACGGCGUAAGCGGCGUAAUACACAUUGGCAACGAGACAUUCGUUAUUCACCCCUUCUACGGAGGCGAUCUUUCG